UGGACUCCUGAGGUUGCCCACUAUUAUCCAAGUGAAAUCCGUACUGUUUUUUAGAAACCACGUUGAAGUACGUCCAAAUAAGGCACUACAGACUCGACAGUAACUGGAUCCUGGUCGCCCCCCCUAGCCCCCCCCAACGUCGAGCACAAAGGAGAGCCCGCAGUCCAAGCCCAGAACCCCGCAGAACCAGGGCUCGCACAGCCCGGAGUCGCUCCCCUCUCAGCCUAGAGCGGCUGGACGGUCUUCCUCACCUUCGCCAUGCCCCCCGCCCCGUCCCGGCCCCUGUGGCACCUGCCGAGGGCAGCUCUAGGACUCGACAACGUGCCCUCUAGGCAGAGCAAUCCCGAGUACGAAGCGCAGCCGGCAGCGGCGGAGGCAGUGCCCGCGGCGGUGGCCCCGAGUGCAGGUCCUCCAGAAGGAGAGGCCGCGGGUGCAGAAGGGGGGGCAGGGGGUCGACGGCCUCCCACCAUCAUGCGGGACCUCCAGGUGCGUCGCGAACGGCCAGGCGAGUACCGCCAAAGAGACAGUAUUGCGAACCGCACGCGCUCCCGCUCCCAGAACUCAAACAAUACCUUCCUGUACGAGAGCGAACGGGGCGGCUUUCGUAGGACCUUCUCGCGCUCGGAGCGCGCUGGCGUGAGGACCUACGUCAGCACCAUUCGCAUCCCCAUCCGGAGGAUCUCCGAGGCCGGCCUGGGCGAGGCAACCUCCAUGGUGCUCCAGUCGAUGAUCCGUCAGAUCAUGACCGGCUUCGGUGAGCUCAGCUACCUCAUGGACUCCGACUCCUCGGACUCAAACCGCGGAGCCGGCACGCCCGCAGAACCGACCGAGACCCUCAACAACCCAGAAGGCGCGAGCGCGCCUGUGGCGGAGGAGCCACCCGUAGGCGCCGUUAGUGCAGGGGAGGCUCGGACAGCGGAAAGGGACUUAGAGGAAGGCCUGACCUCCGGCCCGGCCGGGAGGGAAGGCGGGGUUGGGGGCUUCACGGCUCGGCCCAGACCCCCCAUCAGCAUGGAGGAGCCCAGCUCUCUGCCGUUCCUCCGACUCGCCCACUUCUUCCUCCUCAAAGACGACGACGAAGACCAGCCGCAGGGGUUGACCAAAGAGCAGAUCGACAUCCUUGCGACACGUUACGGGGGGAGAGGGACUUAGAGGAAGGCCUGACCUCUGGCCCGGCCGGAAGGGAAGGAGUCCUUUCCACUGCGUCUACAGGCAGUGGAAAGGAUAUACGAUGACAAGUUUCUGGUUUUAAAAACCAAAACAUGAAAGUAUUGACAGAAAAACAGAAAUAUUUACAUUUUGUUGGAAGUUUUGUAAUAAGACCAUGACAUUGCUGUGAGAGUGUUGUGUUACUGUGUAAAACACAAAUAAGCAAAGAAAAAAUUACUUGCAAAAAAAUCUUAUUAACAUUAUCCCCAUACAAGGCUGUAUGGGGAUAAUGUUAUCUUGGUAACUUGCUGAGUUUUUUAAUAUUUUCUAUGGAUAUAUCAAU